AUGGGGACAUACGAGGGAAGGGUGUUCCAGGAAGAGGGAACAGCCCAUGCAAAGGUCCUGGGGCAGGAAGAGCAAGGAGACCUGAGUGGCUGGAGCAGAGCCCGCUGGCCGCCUGCCUCUGUUGGCCUGGCCUGCGCCCGCCCCAGGCCCUAUAAGGCCUGGGAGCCGAGAGCAGAGCCAGCUGCCAGCCAGGACGUCCGCCGCUCUAAGGGAUCCUCCCGCAGCCCAGCUGCUUCGAGCGCCACCAUGUCUGCUCAAGAUGGAAGGAGCCAAGAUCCCCCCAAGUCCAAGGGCAAGACCCUGAGCAGCUUUCUGGGGUCCCUACCCGGCUUCAGUUCUGCCCGGAACCUGCUGGCUAACGCUCACAGCUCAACAAAGGAGGCCCGGCCAAGUGCGGGCCCCGCAAGCACCCCUGUCCCCGAGGCCACCCAGCCCCAGGCUCAGGCCCCGGUCUCCGCAGUGGCCACCGACCCGGAGCAGAUGGUGGGGGGGAUGCAGCCUUCAGAGAAGGUGACCUCUGGGACAAAGGACAUGCUGUGUUCCAAGGUGACCAGGACCAAGGACGCCUUCUCCUCUGGGGUGGCCAAUGUGGUAGAUGCGGCUAAAGGUGUGGUCCAGGGAGGAAUGGGCACGGGCCAGUCUGUGCUCUCCAGCACCAAGGAGGUGAUGACCAGUGGGGUCACAGGGGCCAUGAAUGUGGCCAAGGGAGCCGUCCAUGGAAGCUUGGAUACCACCAAGACUGUGCUAACCGGCACCAAGGACUCUGUCUGCACCGGGGUGACUGGGGCUGUGGGCAUGGCCAAAGGGGUAGUCCAAGGCGGUUUUGACACCACCAAGUCAGUCCUCACCGGCACCAAAGACACCAUGGCCACUGGGGUCACUGGGGCCGUGAAUGUGGCUAAAGGAGCCAUCCAGACAGGCCUGGACACCACCAAGACAGUACUGACUGGCACCAAGGACUCUGUCUGCACUGGGGUGACCGGGGCAGCGAAUGUGGCCAAAGGAGUGGUCCAAGGCGGUUUGGACACCACCAAGUCAGUCCUCACUGGCACCAAAGACACUGUGGCCUCUGGGGUCACUGGGGCCGUGAAUGUCGCUAAAGGAGCCGUCCAGACUGGCCUGGACACCACUAAGACUGUGCUGACUGGCACCAAGGACUCUGUGUGCGUUGGGGUGACUGGGGCCGUGGGCAUGGCCAAAGGGGUGGCCCAAAGCGGUUUUGACACCACCAAGUCAGUCCUCACCGGCACCAAAGACACUGUGGCCACUGGGGUCACUGGGGCCAUGAACAUGGCUAAAGGAGCCGUCCAUACAGGCCUGGACACCACCAAGACAGUACUGACCGGCACCAAGGACUCUGUCUGCACUGGGGUGACUGGGGCAGCAAACAUGGCCAAAGGAGUGGUCCAGGGCAGUUUGGACACCACCAAGUCAAUCCUCACCGGCACCAAAGACACCGUGUCCAGUGGGGUCACUGGGGCUGUGAAUGUGGCCAAAGGAGCUGUCCAGACAGGUCUGGACACCACCAAGAAGGUCCUCACUGGCACCAAAGAUACAGUGACAAGUGGCAUCACUGGCACCAAAGACACAGUGGCCACUGGCAUCAGUGGGACAGUGGAUAUGGCCAAGGGAGCCAUCCAUGGGGGCCUGGACACCACCAAGACUCUGCUGACCAGCACCAAGGACUCUGUCUGCUCUGGGGUGACUGGGGCAGCAAACAUGGCCAAAGGGGUGGUCCAAGGAGGUUUGGACACCAGCAAGUCAGUCCUCACUGGCACCAAAGACAUCGUGUCCAGUGGGGUCACUGGGGCCAUGAACAUGGCUAAAGGAGCUGUCCAGACAGGCCUGGAUACAACUCAAAAUAUAGUGACAGGAACAAAGGACACUGUCUGCACUGGGGUGACCGGGGCAGCAAACGUGGCCAAAGGACUUGUCCAGGGCAGUUUGGACACCACGCGAUCGGCUGCCUCCAGCACCCAAGUGGUCAUGUCAUCUGGCCUCGAUGGGGCAGAGAACGGGGCUGUAGGUGCUGUGUACACUGGUCUCAGCACCAUGCAGAGUUUCUUACCCGGGACCCAGGACAGUGUCUGGGGGGGAGUCACCCGUUCUAAGGAUGUGUCUUCUGUGGUCUCCAGCAUCCCCGACACCCUCUGUGCAGGCCUUCUGAGCCCCGUCCCUGACACAGCAGCCCUCAGCCAAUGGGCCACCCCAGGUGGGGAGAACUCGGAGCCUGUAGGUACCACACCAGGCCACAGCGGAGUCGUGAAUGCUGCCAUGCUGCUCGGGGAGCUGGAGGAGCUGGGGGAGAUCUUCCAACCCAUGAGCGUGGAGGAGCAAGCUCAACUGGCUGCCUCCGAGCCUGGGCCGAAGGUGCUCUCAGCUGACCAGGGCAGCUACUUCGUCCGACUGGGUGACCUGGCACCCAGCUUCCGCCAGCGUGCGUUCGAGCACACUAUGAGCCACCUGCAGCACAGCCAGUUCCAAGCCAGGGACGCGAUGGCUCAGCUCCAGGACUCUUUCCAGCAGAUAGAAGAAGCCAAGCCUUGCUGCCUGGAGCCGAGUUUGAAUGCCGGCAUGGAGGGAACCAGUACUCAAGAGGUGGAUGACGCGGGGGUGCUGUCCAGCGUCCUCGGGCUCCUGCGGCAGCUGCACGUGGCCUACAGUGGCCUGGCCUCAGGCCUGCAGGGUCUGCCCGGCGAGCCCCAGCAGCAGGUGGCCCAGGCACGGCACAGCCUGUGUGAGUUGUACGGCGUUGUGUCCGCAGCUGGCUCCCUCAGUGAGCUGCCGGCUGAGCGCCUGGCGCAGAGCCUUCAGGGUAUGAACCAGGCCUGGCAGGGGCUGGAGCAGCUGCUGGCACUGGUGCAACACGGCCCCCCGCUCGGCUGGCUGGUGGGGCCCUUCACGCUGCUCCCAGGUGGACAGCAGCUGUAG